AUGGCGGCCUGCUCGCAGUUCCUAUUCCUGCUGGUUCUGCUGUCACCUUUGCCAGCUAUCACUCAGAGGGAAACCCGGCAUGAGAAAUUCCUCCGGCAGCACAAUGACUUCCCAAAGACUGACAGCCACCUGGAUGUCCGGCAUUACUGCAACCUGAUGAUGCAGAGGAGAGGAAUGACCAACAUCAACUGCAAGCCCUCAAACACCUUCAUCCACGGGUCACACGAGUCUUUGGAUGCCAUCUGCCGUGAGGGGGGCACCCACCACAGUGAGAAUUACUACGACAGCAAUGCCAUCUUUGAGAUCACCGCUUGCCGCAUCAUGGGAAAUGUCCAGAAACAACCCUGUAACUACCGGGGCAGGGUUAGUUUCCAGCGCAUUCGGGUGGCGUGUCAGAAUGGGGAGCCAGUGCACUUCAAAUCACCUCUGUAG